CAUGAGACACAGUUCAGUGUGUAUCAGUUGUAUAUGAGUCGUGGGUGAGGGCGUCAGAUCGCAGUCACCUCAGCAGCAGUGGACUUUCUGCACGCAGCAGUUGAAGGUCGCUGUUGUUUGUUACUAAUAGUUCAUUCACCAUGGAGCAUCUUUCGCUAGCUUUUAACAGAGGCCAUGACAGCCAUGUUUUACAAGUGGAAAAUGACCUGUUGCAGAAAGGGCCCCGUCGCAAAAGGGAGUUCAUAUCUGAGGAGAAGAAGGAUGCCCUCUACUGGGAGAAACGUCAAAAGAACAACGAGGCAGCCAAACGGUCCCGGGUGAAGAGAAGGAUACACGACUACGUGCUGGAGUCUCAUUUCAUGGCCUUGAAAGAAGAAAAUGCCAGACUCAGUGCUGAAUUAAUGGCCAUCAAGCUCCACUUUGGCCUAGUUCGCCCUGCAGCACACACUGUUCAACAGAACAACCCCCUGCAGCACCACAUGCCCCUGCAGAGGGACUACUACAGGGGUGUCAGAGACUCUACCUUUCUGCCUUCUCACCCACUUUUCAUUCCUGCAUAUGCCCUCCAUACCAUGAGAGGUUAUCCAUACUUAAACACAUGUGGCGGUGGUAGCAGCUCCGGCCUUGUCUCUCCCCUCGUUCUCUCGCCCACCCAUUCAACCCAGCCGGGAGCUUCUCUGCUGAAACCCAUCGCUAGGAGAGUCACCUCAGAUGAGGAGGAGCAGCAGGUCCCUGGGGUGCUGUCCAUGUCACGCUCCACUCCGCCUCGAAAAAUCGCCAGCAAACAUAUAAACAUCUCUGACUGACUGUCCAAUCUGCUGUUGUUGGAUUGAUGGGGAGAAAGAAAGUGUAUUUGUCUUUAUUCCCCCAUUUAUUUUUGUAAAGUGAUGGCACAUGUAUGCUGUGUUAUAAAGAAGCACCGCAAAAAACGAUUAAACCUCCACACAAUCCUUGUUUUGUGUCGUAGCAAACAUUAACAACUGGCAUUAAAACACAUUUUGGAUGAUUCGACUGCAGUCGGACAGGAGCACAUGCACCCAAGACGCAUUGAGGCCAAAUUGUGAUCUGAUCGACCUCUGAAGUUCACAGUUCUACAUUCUGAUCAUUCACACUACAACCAAACAAACAAUAUAUUAACGCCCCGAAAAGUCAGUAAGCAUUUGCAGCACGCUGUCCUACGUCCCGAAAAUAGAGCUUUAUUAAAGCGUGGGGGUUUUGAAUGAGGUCACAGUAACCACAGAUCUUAGCUCAACCUUCUUACUUCGGAGGACUGCAAAUAAUCAAGCCACAUCAAGCAGAAAAACAAUGCUCAUGCCCAGUUGUGGAGCAAGCACUCAAACAUUGUACUCAAGUAAAUGGACAUAAUGUACUGAAGUAAAAGUGUCACAUUAACUUUUCUACUUGAGUAAUAAUUAAGUACUUAGUCUUAAAUAUAAUAAAUUAUUAAAAGUGAAAGUACUUGCUGCAGGAGGCGGGGUCUAAUGUUACUUGUCUGAUCUGAUUGGAUCAGUGGAUCAAAUCAUCUCUCUUUAUCAAUUACGUUUAGAAAUAUAUAUACAGUAUAUGAUAUAUGUUGUUGAAUAUAAGUGACAGUUACUUGAAAAUAAAACUCCUUCAGUAAAGUACAGAUACAUGCAAAAACUUAAUUACAGUAAUGAAGUAAAAGUACAGUGUUACAUACCACCUCUGCUCAUGCCUUUUCAAUUUUUAUCCAAAAUAGCAUGAAACAUCACAGACUGCUAUAGAUGCCUUUACCUUCUGACCUCUCAUUUCACUCUGUCACCCAACACAGAUCCAUGUAGAUAUGUAAUGUGUACAAUAAACUUUCAAAGAGAUAUUGUGGCUUAGCGUCUGGAAUCAUUUAACACCUGACCAGUAAGAUGAUUUUACCAUGAAUUUACAAAACUUUAGUUGUAAAAUGAAGUAUUUCAUAGACUGAAAAGCAAUAUUGAAAACAUGUCGCUCAAUUAUUUUUACAUUUUUAUAUAUUGUCAUUUAUAAGCCUUCACCUGGGAUGUAGUUGCAACCCUCCUCUAAAUGGAAACACUGAAGCAUGAUGUCAUUUUCCUGUGUGGGCAGAUAUAUUCAGCUUCUACCAUAAUGUGAAAACAGUGUGUUGAAUCUUUCAAUAUGCUAGAGGCACAGAAUGGCCCCUUAGAUUUAGGCUGCACACAUAGUUACCUAAAUUUGUCUAAAUUUGUAUUUAUUUAAUGGCUUUGUCCCUGACUUUUACUUCAGCCUCCCACCAUGUUUCAUGGAAUCAUUUAUUCAUUAAUUUGUGUAAUCUUGCUAACAGAGGUGUAAAGUAACGAAUUACAUUUACUCACGUUACUGUAAUUGAGUAGUUUUUUGUGUACUUUGUAGUUUUUUGAGUGAGUUUUAAAUGGGUAAUUUUACUUUUACUUAAGUAGAUGUUGACUGAAGUAUUGCACUUCGCUACAUUGGAAAUUACAUCCGUUACUGAGUAAAAAAAAAAACAUAGUUCAGGGCGCAAGGCAAUUCUCACUGCAGUGGUAGAUGCUGCAUAGAGUGGAUGCGAUUCCCUAACAUGCAUGU